CGGCAACGGAAAAUCAAAUGUGACCGGCGAACUCCCUGUUCUAAUUGUGUUAAGGCAGAGAAGACAUGCAGCUUCUUUCCCCCCGUGCGCGGGAAGCGCAGACGAACAAAGCCUCCCAGAGAAGGUCUGCAUGCCAAGUUAAAACGAUAUGAGGAAUUGCUGAAAUCAUACGGUGCUAAAAUUGAGCCGUCGAAGGAUACCGACGACUCCGACUCGGCUGAUGUUGAGAUGGAGGACGAGAAAGAGCUGGAAAAGACUCAACCAAAGCUCAUCACCCAAGAGGGAACAUCACGAUACUUUGAUAGUGCACCUUGGUCUAGUUUGGGAAAUGGACUUCAACAUCCGGAAGUUGGAGAGCCAAUGGAUCAGCCAGAUUUCCAUGACAGUGAGCUGUUCUUCGAACCUGGACACAAUCUCAAACCCGAAAGUCUUGCAAAACUCCACCCUUCGGGACAGGUAUUGACAAAACUAAAAGAAAUAUAUGUCGAUCGAGUUGACCCUAUGAUGAAAAUCCUGCAUUUGCCUACUUUCUGGACCGCGAUAACGAACGCGCUACGGCACCCUCAAAACCUGACUAACGACCUGGAGGCAGCGAUAUUUGCGUUCUAUCUUUCCACAAUUAGCGCCUUGGAAGAAGAUGAGUGCCAAAAUCUAUUUGGGGCACUGAAAUCAGUCCUAUAUCAACGCUAUAGGCUUGCACUUCGCCAAGCUCUAGUAAAAGCAGGAUUCCUGUCAACCUCCAGCCCAACGACCCUUCGAGCAUAUGCAAUGUUCAUGCUGUGCGUGAGGAAAAGUUAUCGAUGCGAUACCCUUUUCAUCUUGUCAGGGAUUGCCAUACGCCUUGCCCGAAAAAUGGGGCUUCACCGGGACGGCACUUCGCUUGGACUAUCUCCAUUUGAAACAGAAAUGCGAAGACGGCUGUGGUGGCACCUAGUUCAUGUAGACUAUCGCUCAGCAGACGUGCUGGGUACAAAGCCGUCCUUAGAUCUUUCCUACGGUGAUACCAAAAUGCCCCUGAAUGUCGACGACGAAGACCUCCACCCAGACAUAAUCGAUUUACCACCAGCACGCAACUCCAUCACACCUAUCACACUAUGUCUAAUCAGAUGUGAGAUUAUGGAGGCCUUGCGCAAGCUGGCUCCGGGUGAUAUGCGCUGGGAAGUCCUCGCCAAUUCCAAUGCCACGCUCGCCCAAAAGGAUAGCGUCAUCGGCCAGUUGGAGGACCAUUUGGAAAGGAAGUAUCUGCGGUAUUGUGAUCCGUCAAAUUCACUCCAUACAUUCGCGUCAAUCAUGAUCCGGUCAUCCAUAUGCAAGAUGAAGCUCUUCGCUCACAACCCUCGGCAAUUCGCCAACAGUUCCGUCACAGUGUCGCAGCGCGAGCGUGACAUAGUUUUUGCAAACGCUACUAAAUUGCUAGAAUAUACAAAUUUAAUGCAAGGUGGUCUCCAUGGAUUAGACAAGUACAGGUGGCAGAUCGGCUCAAGCUAUCUCUGGAAUGCAAUGCUUUACGUACUCAUCGAAGUUCAACACCGCAAACCGGGGCCAGAGGUUGACAGGGCAUGGCAACUGAUCGGAAUGGUGUUCUCACACCACCCUCAGGUACUUGAGAAAAACUCUGGACCUGUGUACACAGCGCUGGGCAAAUGGACCCUGGAAGGUUGGGAAGGCUACGUUGCCGCUUCGAAGGCUGAAGGUCUCCUAGAGCCAUCUACGCCUGGAUAUAUCGAUGCGAUCCGUUGCUGUCGACAAGAGUCGGCAUCCGUAACCAUAGGUCGGAUGGCAGAUCGUGGACCUGUCACUCCGAAUUCUUUUGGCUCGGAUGGGAUGCAAAUCCAGAUAAAUAGAACGGAUCUCCGUGAUAUUGGGCCUGCUGAGUCGUACGACUUUCCCGACCUCCUCUCUUUUGAAACGGACCCGAAUGAAUGGGUACAGUGGGAGCAGCUAGUUGCAGAACAGGGUGGCUUUGCUCAAGGUACCAGCAUGUAGUAGUCCUAGUAUUAGGUAAACAGGAUUGAGGCAAGGAGUCAACACGCACGCCCGCCAUGAAGGAGCUUGCGUGAUCGACAGAAACUCAGCCGGGUAUGAGAAUAGCAGUGGCCCGCUCCCUCUUAACUCCUACCGGCGAGCUGCCGCUUUAACGUCUCAACCAUCUGCCUCAAACCAUUACUCUUCUUUAGUUACCAGUCUGCGGUGAUACUAGCUAUCCACCGCUAGAUUUCUGCAAGAGAUUUGAUUGAGAACACUUUGUUGCAGACUA